UGAUAAUGGACAAUGAGUGUUCACAGGGAUGGCAAACGAGUGAAUAUCUUUCACAAGCGCAGGUAGCGAAGAAUGUCUUCUUUAUGCUUUAUUGAAGCAUCAAAAAGAAACCGCCAAGGUGAGAGAUUUGUAUUUGCCAAGAAACUGAACCGCUCGACGCUACACGAGAAAGAAACUCUAGAUAAUUCAAUCGAUGACUCAGCUUUUUCAAGCUGACAGCGGAAGGAAUACUUCUCGUAUACUCUUUCAAAUCCUUUAGAAGAUAUUUCACUCAAAAGGUGUUUAUUUUCAGAGCAAAUUUUACCUUGGUUCAUAACUUGGUGGAAAAUAUUCUGUCUUGCUAGUGAAAAAUGGACGAGCAGACAAGACGACGAAAAAAAAGCGCCAUAGAACAACCACUUUUAUAUCGCUUCCCUGAAGAUCUCAUCGUCCGAGAGACUGUUCCAGGACAGGAUACUUCGCAAGAGCUUGAAGAUAUUCUCCACUCAAAGAUUAAAUUCGACGUAAACUAUUACAAUGAUUAUGGUCACACGGCGUUAGGGACUUCUGCUUUCGUUGGCAGCUUAAAAUGCUGUCAAAUUCUGGUUCAUCUCGGUGCUGAGGUGACCAAAAAAGAUGCUGAUGGCUGGACCGCUCUUCAUUAUGCUUUGGCUCGUGGGUAUUUGGACAUCGCGCGCUAUUUGAUUCUUAAUGGCGGGAAUUUGUUCUCAGUGAAUAGCGAUGGAGAGAGGGCAUUGGAUUUUGUUGACGAUGAGGAAAUUAAAUUGUCUCUUUCGAAAUAUCAAGAACAAUGUUCUCAAACACGUGCUGAGCUAUAAAGACAAGUUUAUGUUACGUCGGUGUAAACACAUAUGAAAUAAGCGGUUUUCGUUUUCAUAUGAGUGUGAAACGAUAGAGCAAAUGCGUGUAACCUUACUGUUGGAAAUCUAUUGGAAAUCAAAAAAGCUUGUUUAAUAUUUAUUUAUGAAUUAUUUAUAUUUAUAUUUAUGUUUGUUUAUUUUUGAAGAGUAUGAGUUAUGAAGAGUAAAUAAAUGUUUUUUUUUAUGAUUACGAUGUAAAGUCACACUUGCCUUAAUUAUCACCCAGAUACCAUCCUUCUUUCUUUUCUCCUUCCAUUCUAUUUUCAUUCUUCCUUUUAUUUCUAUAAUAUUUUUCUUCCACCCAACCAUCUUUCCUUCCAUUCCACUUAAUAAUUCUGCGGUGUUGGUAUCUCAUGACGACAGUCGCUUAGCAACCAAAAUAACUUUAAUUUUAGUAUAGCUCAGUUAGAGAGUAAUUCGAAAGAGGAAUUGAGUUACUAGAAAGCGAGUCAGUACCUUUCUUAUAUGAAUAAAAUUUAUGCUGGUGAAGAAACAAGAUCAAAUUGUUGGAAGUUGUUGAAUUCAGUUAAGGUUAUUUUAUCAGUAUGUUUUAGCUUAAACAACUAUGAUUAUAGUCCGUAAGAUAGUAUUUUUAGUUCUAACUAUGAUGUCGUUAAAAAGAAAGAAAAAUAGAUGGGGAAUGG